AUGGUCAACUCAGAGGAAGGAGUCUUAGUGCAGUGGCACAAGGCGUCGUCCGGAACCAAGAGGUCCUGGGCGUGGAACAACUGGAAAAAAGGAACGGCAAUGAACCUGGUAGACCCUUUUCUCAAGGGCAGUCCAGUGGGCGAAAUCCUCGACUGCAUCCACAUAGCAUUGCUGUGCAUUCAAGAGGAUGUGGCUCGUCGACCUACCAUGGCUUCCGUUACUUUGAUGCUGAACACUGAGAGUCAAAGCCUUCCUAUGCCUUCCCAUCCGGCAUUUUUAACUGACUCUACGACGACAAAUAAUCGAGCUCUAGCCCAACCAAAGUGGCCCUCUGCUCUUUCAAGGCCAGCCUCCAUCAAUGAAUUGUCGUUCUCCAACAUGUAUCCAAGAUGA